GCUUCAAUAUGUCUGUCCUCCACAGAGCCAAGCCAUCUUCUUCCAUGGGAAUGAAACCUCCUCGAGGAAAGCUUCCAUUACCUCUCUCCGUCAUUAUCCUAGUAGUCUGCGCUUUUGCUUUCCUCCUUCUUUUGUAUACUGAAAGGAUUAGUUCUCUUUCUUCCACCAACAUCUUCAGGUUUAAGCCCUGUGCUAACAGAAACCAUGCAAAAUCACACAAGUCCAGAAAAGAAAAGGGAGCCAUGGAAAAUAAUCCAAUCAACUACGAAACAGAUGACAGGUUCGAGUUUGAUCCAAAUGAAUGCAGCGUUGCUCAUGGAAAGUGGGUAUUUAACAGUUCAUUUGAGCCUUUGUACUCAGACAAGACCUGCCCUUAUCUCGACCCUCAAUUUUCUUGCGUCACAAAUGGACGGCCAGAUUCUGACUACCGUCACUGGGAAUGGCAGCCAGAUGAUUGUAUCUUGCCAAGGUUUAAUCCUAAAAUUGCCCUUCGGAAACUUCAAGGAAAGAGGCUAAUGUUUGUAGGGGAUUCGCUGCAAAGAGGUCAAUGGG